CGUGUACCAGAGGUGCAGAUUCCGGAGAGGAAAUCCGGGAGAAACUGUCACAUCGUUUUACAGCCUCCUCGGUAACCUGUGCAGCACAGUUGGAGCCGUUCUGUCCAGACAGCUGCAUAUUCAGAUAUUAAUGGGUGCUUUUGCUGCUGUUUUGGAUGCUGUCCAUUUUGUGUCUUGCUGUGUCCCUUUGCUCCUGUGCUGGAACUCAAAGGCAGAAAGGAGGCAGAGGAUGCUGAGGGGCCGGAGGAGGCAGCACCUCCUUGCUGUGUGUGUGCUGAUGGUCGUUGCUGGAGGUUUUCUGAAGUCGAGGGUCACCAAUCUCCCAGCAGACAGACCUCUAAUCAGGAGGAGACUGCUGCAUGUCACACUCCAAGACAACACUGAAAUCCUCGGUUACAUACUUGGCCUAUUGUCCUUUGUCAUCACAUGUACCUCCAGGUUCCCUGCAGUCUGCAGAGCAUACAAAGGACAGAUGUUCACCUGGACUUCCAUGUUCUCUGGACUGCUCUGCUCACUGGCUAGUGGCCUCUAUGCUGCUGCAAUACUCCUCUACGACACUCAGUUUGGGUUUCUUCUAAGAGUCAUGCCGUGGCUGCUGUCAGCAAUAUGCUGUGUCACCCUGGACCUACUUAUUCUAGUCAUCCACUGGUGCAAGAGAGGAACCAGACAGCAGUUUUCCAGUUUUUCUACAGACACUCAAAGCCUUUUAGGCGGCACACAAACCCCGGCAGAGGAUAACGCUGUCAUGAAGAGACAAAGAAAACAGCAAGUUCACUUAUCAGCACAAACAAAAACUAAAGAUGUCCAGAAGAUGACUGAGAUGGGCCGUUACAUGGAUGUCAGUGUUCAACCUCCAAGAAAAGAGGUGAUGACCAAGGACCAACUUUUUGAUGGAAAGGUGCGAGUGAUCAGAGUCAGCAGUUUCUGCUCCUCAGAUACAUCCUAUGACUCGUCAGUAGUGAGUUCUGAUCUAGAGUGGGAUUUUGAAGAAGCAAAUGUUCAGUGGCGUGAACCAACAGCAAACAAGAAACACAACGCAAAACAACACUUUCCACCACAUGGGUGGCCAACAAACAGCAAACCCUGUAAGAUCUGCAUCUGUGCCAUGUCUGGCCUCUCACAGAAGACUGUGCCUGGUACAGAGGAGUGCGAGAGUGUCUCUUCUGCAAGCCUUCUGAAAUGACAAAGAAAUGUUGCUGUAAUGUGGCAUAUCUGGUGUCUUAAUUUCAGAGGGAAUAAAAAAACUGUGAUAUGA